AUGGCUUCUAACUUCAAUGACAUAGUGAAACAAGGCUACGUGAAAAUACGGAGUAAGAAAUUGGGGAUCUUCCGGCGAUGUUGGCUGGUGUUUAAGAAGGCCUCCAGCAAAGGGCCGCGGCGGCUAGAGAAGUACCCCGACGAGAAGGCAGCGUAUUUCAGAGGGUUUCAUAAGAUAACGGAACUCCACCACAUCAAGAACAUCACCAGGAUGCCACGGGAGACGAAGAAACACGCCGUGGCCAUCAUCUUCCAUGAUGAGACCUCCAAAACAUUCGCCUGCGAGUCAGAGUUGGAGGCUGAGGAGUGGUGUAAGCUGCUGUGUGUGGAGUGCCUGGGCAGCAGGCUUAACGACAUCAGCCUGGGAGAGCCAGACCUGCUAGCAGCGGGCGUACAGAGGGAGCAGAACGAGCGCUUUAACGUCUACCUGAUGCCCACCCCGAACCUGGACAUCUACGGCGAGUGCACCAUGCAGAUCACGCACGAGAACAUCUACCUGUGGGACAUCCACAACGCGCGGGUCAAGCUGGUCAUGUGGCCCCUCAGCUCGCUGCGCCGCUACGGGAGGGACUGCACGUGGUUCACCUUCGAGGCCGGGAGGAUGUGCGACACGGGCGAGGGGCUGUUCACGUUCCAGACGCGCGAGGGCGAGAUGAUCUACCAGCGCGUCCACUCCGCCACGCUGUCCAUCGCCGAGCAGCACGAGCGCAUGCUGAUGGAGAUGGAGAAGAACUCACAGACGCUCUCGAACGAGGCCUCAUUAACAAAGUCAAUAUCCUUACCGCGGAGCGUCUACUGGCAACACAUCAUACGUCAGAACAGCGUCGGAGAUAUCUACAGUUGUCAAGGGAGCAGCCUGACGCUGACGCUGAUUCCUCGGGCGCAGACGUUCCCAAGUUUCCUGUCUGAGCAAAAAGAGGACGCGUCAUGCUCGCCCCCAGACCAAGAGCAAGCGCUGUCGCCCUCUAGUGACUAUGAAACAGACUACAGCACAGCAACUCUGCAAUGACGAGCACUACAUAGAUAUCCCUAUCAAGCCAAAACGAGACAUUCCUUCGUUUUAGCGACCCUCUAGGGACACAUAUAG